GGCCACAGACCCUUGACUUCCAGACCAAAGUGUCUCUCAGUCUCUGAGACCCUGCGUUAUUCUUCUUCAGGAAGGUGAGCUGUCGGUUUGCCCUGGAACGCUUUACUUCCUUAGGAAAAAUGCCUUGUCGAUAGAAAUUUCGGAACGAGAUGUCAGCGAUCACCAUAGCCUCAUACGAGGGUCAUAGGAGUAAGCCUCGCCGCAAAGGAACCAGAGAACCCUCAAGUACACCCAACGGUACCAUGUAGCCACGAAAGUGGUCACCAAAAGGAAUCAUAAUGUAAACAAAAAAAAAAAAAGGUAAAUAUUCAAAUUAUGCUUAUGGGCGGUUACACUUUUCUGUUUGUGUAGGGUUCAGCUUGCUUACGAGUAGUGCUUAUUUGACCGGGGAAUUUUCCCUAGCGCCCACUUCGUAUUCCGAAUCUGCAGACAGCCGAAGAAAUGGAGAUUUGACAAGCGGUUUAGGGUUCUCCAGUUCCCAAAAAAGAAAACCGUUCGGAGAGCCCUUGUCAAAGACCCAAAGUUAACAUCCGACCCACCUCAUCAGCCUUGUCCUCGGACAGUUGAUUAGGCUGCGCCUCUCUUUUCCUUGCUGCCAAGAACGUAGUGUACUUCUUCUCGUGUUAUAAAUGGUGCGGUCUGUCGCGCUAUCAGUCUUUGUUCGAGAAGCCUUUUGGUUGUUAACUCCCAUAAAUCCCCUCUUCCGCGGCUUCCGAGAAACCAGACUUGGGACGCGGUUUGCAACAUGCGUCUUUUCGGCAUCACUCUGGUUUCAGCCGCUCUGGCUGCUGCCCAGAGCAUUACAUCCACCGACACCUCGGAACCGUGUGCUCGCGCUAGCCGGCUCGCCCAGGAGAGCCAAGUCAUUCCAGCCCAGACCGCCUAUGAGUGCUUGAAAUCUGUGCCAGUGGCUGUGGAGCAAGAUAAGACACUCAUUGACCAGCUCAAAGGCCUGUGGGAGUGGCAUUCGGAGACUGGCUAUCUGAAGAACACCCCCGACACAUGGGAACUGGGCUCCGUCGACCUGCUUGGGGAAUUGGACAAGAUCAAAGAGAACCUUUCCUCCUACGAUAGUGAAUAUGACGUGCAGCUCGCGAUCAACAAGUUGACCCUGAAGACAGGGAACUUUCAUUUUAACUACGUGCCCGAUAUCCUCCAGGUCUUCUAUUUUGGACGUGUGAUCCCCGUGACCACCGUCUCAGAGGACGGAACCAGUGUGCCAGAGACCUAUGCAGUCGCAGAUCUUGUGCAGAAAGACUCCGACGCUCGCAUCAAAAUCUCGCCAAUCACGAAGAUCAAUGGUGAAGAUGCGCAAACAUAUCUGAACAAGAUCGCCGCCCAGGAGCAGUACAUCGACCCUGAUGCCCGGUUCAACAGCCUCAUGUGGAGGGGCAGAGCCUCUGCCUCGGCGGGCAGCUUCGUUAACACUGGUCUGGGCUUUUAUGAAGGAGCAACGACGAAUAUCACUUUUAAAAACGAGACCACUCGUGUCGUCAGGAACUUCGCUGAGGUACGGCAAAACCUGACGGCAGUAACCAGCGGAAAGUCGUUCUUUGAAGAACUCUGCACCGGUAGCUUUGCUAGCGUCGAGGCAGUGGCCGCCGCGUCCAUGAAGACAACGCCUUACAAGGGAACUCCUCACCACUGGAAAAGGCAAAGCAUCCCUAGCGACGGCUACCCUAGACCAAUUGUUGAACACAGCAGCGGUAUGGUCGCUGGCUAUUUUAUGAACGGAUCCGAUUUCGAAGACGUCGCUGUCCUCAAGAUUAUUACCUUUGACACUUCUUCGGCUGAUAGGAGUGAUGCUGCUACCGAGUUCCAGGACGUUGUGAAGCAGUUUUUGGGCAACUGCACAGAUGCGGGCAAGAAGAAGCUCGUUAUUGACCUCCGAGAGAACGGUGGAGGUGACACCGAUCUUCUCCUCGAUACCUUCAUGCAGCUUUUCCCCGGUGAAGUGCCGUUUAGUGCUCAGAGAUAUCGUGCGCAGGAGCAAUACAAGCUCAUUGGCGAAGCUGUCAAUUCGGUUUAUGAGGAUCAGUCUGUACAGAGGCUGAUCACGCAAGCUACUGGCGAAAGAUUUGCCAAUAUUGGCCUCGUCAGGUAUUGGGCCUACUGGAACUUUGUCGAUGUUAACGGUGAUAACUUCAAAUCAUGGGAUGCGUUCUACGGUCCUCACAAGUAUAAUGGUGAUGAGUUCACAACUAUCAUGAGGUACAACAUGUCCAAUAGCAACCCAAUCAGCAUCCGGGAUCAGUCAGGCUUCAAAUUCCUGAACCCUCCCGCCGGAGACCCUCCGUUUGCGGCAGAAAACAUCGUCAUGUUCUCUGACGGUCUUUGUGGAUCUUCCUGCGCUUCAUUCCAUGAGGAGCUGAAGAACAUUGCAGGCGUCAAAGCCAUUGCCGUUGGUGGUCGUCCCCAGGAGGGUGCCAUGCAGACAAUUGGAGGCUCCAAGGGUGGAGAGGUUGUCCCACUGAACACCAUCCCCAUGUCCCUCCAGACAAUGAUGAACCUCACCGCACCCUUGGGCAUUAAAGCCCUGGACGACGACUCUCUUACAAAGCUUGCCAACCCCGACGUGCUUCUCACUCGUGCGGGUGACUACAGCAGUCGCAUUCAGGUUCAAGACCAGAUUCGCAAGGGUGAUGAGUCAGGAACCCCCCUUCAGUACAUCUAUGAAGACGCCGACUGCCGUAUCUUCUACACCACCAAGAUGCUGCUCGAACCUGAAACGGCAUGGGAGGCUGCAUGGUCAGCAUACACAGAUGACAGCAAGUGUGUCAAGGACUCCACCAAGAAAUCGUCCAGCAUUGGCGGUGGGUAUAAGCCGUUUGGUCCUGGUGAUCUCAACGGCAAGCAGUCAGAGAACAGCACCUCCUCGUCGGACAAGGAUGAGGAGAAUGCUGCCCCUGCAUGGAAACCUAGUCUUGCUCUCUGUGCCGCGGCUACAGUCAUCAGCCUCCUUCUUUAAAAUUUCUUUUAUAACGGUUGUUUAAAUUUCUUUUGGGGCCAAAUGUGUCCCACGUUUGUUUUCUAUGCAUGAUGAUACCUAUAUAUUACGAUGGCUACUCUGUGAACUUACCUUUAGACAAUUUCAGAAUUGUACAUAUACAAUACCUGGCUAUACAAUUUCUUUGGAUAUUGAGUAGUAACUUGUGUUUUUAUUGAAAUUAUCUAUCACAACUGUCUACCGAGUACCUGCAGUAUCAGACUAUAGUUUCGUCCCCUUUGCCUAGCUACCAAGUAUGAUUAAUAUAUCUCGGAAAC